UUCGUUCCCUGAGAGAACUUAGCGAGAGAGCACAGAAAGAAGAGAAGUCAAGAAGAAGGUUGAAGAAAGAAGGAUGAUGAUGAUGACAAUGGAAAACGAGUUUCAAGACCGUAACAACCUGAACAUCAACGACAUUGAUCUCUCUCUCCUCCGCCUUUCCUCCCCACCUUACGACCACUCUCGCUCCUCCUUCUCCGCCGCCGCUUCUCCUCCUGAUAUCAGCCCCUUGAAACGCUCGUCCCCUGUUUCAGACGAAUCCGAUCAGCACAAACGCAGGAGACUCUCCCUCCAACUCCAAGACCCGAUCUUUAUCACGUCUCCUCUUCGCUCCACUUACCAGGAAACCCAUUCUUCCUCAGUCAACGACCCGACCCACGUACGCUCUGUUCCGGAGAAGCAAGAAACGUCGCCGUUGUAUGAUUCCGAGAGUCUUGAAGAAACAGAGAAACUGAGGAUGAAGAGGGUUAACAAUCACGUGGAGGAGAUCACUCACGAAGAAGAGACUAACUAUGAGACGCAGCAGCACGAGGAAGAGGAAGAUUGUGGAGAAGGGAUGAGGAUAGAGAGAUGUGGAGAUGGGUUUGUGAUAAGAUUGAAGUGUAGAUGCAAGCUAGCUUACAGGGUUCUCUUCUCUGAUCAUCACCUCUACUUCAAGUCUCUCUAAGCCUUCAUCAUUUUAGUUUCUAGUAUCUCCCAAUCUCUCUCUCAUUUUGUUGUAACGCUU